AUGAUUGUCAAAUUGGAAGCCCUUAAGAAAUUGCACAGAUAUGCCUAUACGGAUAUACCAAAACCAAAUUUUGAAAAAUAUCGACAGAAAUCCAUAGAGAAUGCUGAAAUACCAGUUGCAAAAAGUGCUGAUGAGCGAAAAGCAUUAAGUUGUAUUGCUUCUUUUGUUGGCGGCGUCGCUGGAUUAUAUAGCUUGAAAUCUCACGCAUUGCAUUAUAUACUUUUUCUAUCGCCCUCUCGAGAUAUGUUAGCAGAGUCACAAUUGGAAGUGAAAUUACAAAAUAUAUCAGAGGGACAUGUGGCCAUUGUAAAAUGGCGCGGUAAACCUGUUUUUAUUUAUCAUCGCACACAAUCGAUUAUCGAGCAAGAAAAAGCGGUAAAGUUAUCUGAAUUGCGCGACCCGGAAACAGACGAUGACAGAGUCAAAAGGCCAGAAUGGUUAAUCGUGAUAGGAGUUUGCACGCAUUUGGGAUGUAUACCGAUUCCAAAUGCCGGAAUCAUAUCAGGUGGCUUCCUAUGCCCGUGUCAUGGUUCGCACUUUGACGCGGCCGGUCGCAUACGAAAAGGCCCGGCACCGACUAACUUGGAGGUACCCGAGUACAAAUUCACAACGGAUGAUAGUAUCGUUAUUGGAUGA